AUGCAGUCACAGUACAAUACAGUCCCGAUGUAUCCACUCGGAAUCACCACGGUGAACAUUUCGAACGAGACGGUCCAGUUCGACCAACACGGCUACUUCGCAUACUUGCUUGCGAACGCCUCUGGCAAUCCUCCGGCACUCUCAACCGUCUUUGAGGACCCAGAAGGUGCAAAGAGCUUCUUCUCAAACUACUUCCAGCAAUACACCGCCCUCCUGGCUCACACCUCCCUUAUGCAACCAGUUUCAACUCUCUCUGAAGGAACAGCAGUAGAGGUAGUGAACCGAUUCUUGGCGCUGGUUCUGGUCGGAAUCACCAUAGCCCUCGAAGUCACGCUCAGAAUCUCGAAUCGAAAUGACGGCUUAGCAGACGUGCCAUCUGAAAAUCAGUACAUCAGCUAUCUAUGGACUACACUGCCUACUGUCAUAUUUACCCUCAUCAGCAUGUAUUGCUCUUCAGUGGAUUUCGACACGCGUGCUCUUGCGCCAAGCCUCCAUCUGGUCCAAGGAUCCAGUUUCGAAUCAUCAGUCGGGUUAGACUUGAUCAACAAGCAUCCACUUCUGCUUUUCUACGAAGAGCUCAGGAGCAGGAGUUUCGAAGCUAUGGCGUCGACUCUGGCAGUCACGCUUACAUCCUUCUUGACCAUCUUCUCAGCUGGCCUCUUCUCUGGAGUCUACGUUGCCACCAAAAUCUCAACUCAGCUGCAUGUAGCCGACUUCGUAUGGUAUGGGGUAUCGGGAGCGAGUAGCAAUACCUUCUACCCGGAUUAUUCGCUCGUGACAGCUGCGCUGAUCCUUAAUUGCAACCUGACGUACCCGCCUUUCACAUACGAGCACCUGAUCAUACCGAACAUGACGGUUGAUCAAGGCUUUCUCAGAAGGCAUCCUGACUCUUCCAAUGUGGAGUUUUCAGUCACUCUCCCAGCCGUGCGCCCUUCUUUUGCGAACUGUCGCUUGUACGAUUCCUCUCAAAUCCGAAUAGACUUUGCGUCGGCGCCGCAAGCUGGGCCGGUUGUGGUGAUCGAGCCCGAGCAAUGCAUCGAGAAUGGAACAACGAAGUCGUGGAACUUGAGAGUCUACAGGUACGGCCCGGUCCCGUCGCCACUUCCCUCUCAUGCAUACUUCGGUGUCGGCUCGGCGUCGGAUAGGUACGCUAGGGGUUGUAGCGAGCGACUCUGGGCGUGGGGUCACUGGAUACCAGGGGUUGAGAAUGGCUCAUCUCCAAAGGUCAUGUCGGUAUCAGCACUUGGGUGCAACGAAAGCAUGGAAAUUGUGGACGUUUCGGUCCCUCUAUUUGGCUCCGAUCUGGCCAUCAACCCGAAAUUUCCUCCUAUUGCGAAUGAAUCCUCCACAAGCGCUGUGGUCAUUCAAUGGGGCUCUCCACUCGGAUUUGACUUCUAUCCAAGCUUGCCAGGCCUGUCUACCAACAUGACAGACAGGGUUUUUGAUAAAUUCUUCACCUUGCUCACGACAUCGCGAUAUGCGGUGCCAUUUGAUAUGAUUAGCAACGGGUCUCAAGCCUCGGCGGUCGCGGAAGCGGUUCAAUUCCAUCACUGCGUCCUGGUCGCUCAGAUGACAGCUGCCAUUCGAGGGCUCAACUUUUAUCACAACGAUACAGUUCUACGCAGCUAUGGAUACGAGAUUGUGCCGGGAACCAACAGAACUUCCUCCUACAACGUCACAGGCUCUAUCCCGUCGAGCCGGCACAGGGUCGUUCAAGGGAGCCUAUCAACUCGCUUUCUCCAGGGAUUGCUCAUCCCAGCUUUGAUGUGCUGCCUAGCCAACUGGUAUCUCAUCCGCUCAGCUGGGGGUUGCCAGAUGAUCCCGAGAAAGCCAACUACAAUCGCAAAUGUCGCAGCACUUCUUGCGGAUAGUGACAUCAUUGAACUUUUGCCACCGGAAAACACCGACGUGACUGCUUCAAAGGAGACUAGGAAGGAAUAUGGACGGCUGGAAGACUGUAUUUUCCGACUUGGCUGGAGAGAAUUGGAUGGGCAUCCGGAGCAAGUGUACUCUAUUUGCGUUUCAUCAACGAAAUGA